AUGGUCUCAUUACAGAUCCGGCGGAUAGAGUACGUGCACGCGAAGCAUUUGAUCUAUAGGGAUGUGAAACCGGAAAAUUUUCUCAUAGGACGAUAUUCAACCAGAAAACAACAUGUGCUUCAUAUAAUCGAUUUCGGGCUCGCCAAGGAGUAUAUUGAUUGUGAUACUGGAAAACACAUCCCAUACCGAGAACAUAAGUCCUUAACUGGAACAGCACGGUACAUGUCCAUCAAUACCCAUCUCGGCAAAGAGCAAUCACGGCGAGAUGACUUAGAAGCCCUUGGACAUAUGUUCAUGUACUUUCUCAGGGGUAGUUUGCCAUGGCAAGGGUUGAAGGCAGACACGUUGAAAGAGAGGUAUCAAAAGAUUGGAGAUACGAAACGGCAAACAGCCGUUGAGGUUUUAUGUGAGGGAUUCCCAGAAGAAUUUGCUCAGUAUCUCCGUUACUCGCGACGACUUGAUUUUUUCGAAACACCAGAUUACGAUUACUGUUAUAAUUUAUUUAAAGCUGUUCUUGAUCGAUUAGGAGCUAGUUAUGAUUAUGAGUUUGAUUGGACGCCCAAGCUGAACAACGUGUCAACUCCUUCCGGUUCACUACAUACUGCUGAAACCAAAGAGAGCAAAAGAGAGCGGGCAGAUGCUCUCAAGCCCAAUCAUGCAUCUACUCAUCCGUUCGGAUCAACACAGGUGAUAAACUCGAAUACUGGUGAAGUUGGCGACGAUGUGGCAGCGGGACGAGGCGGAGACAUGCAUCGACAAGACGAACAGUCUGGAGAAGUGAAAUGCUGUUGUUUCCGUCGACGCAGAAGAAAGCAACCGACGUCAGGACAAUUAGCACAAAAGUAG